AUGGGCCUCAACGGUGUUCUCCGAUGGCUGCGGCUGCCCGACACAGAUGUAGCCGAGUCCAACAUCUGGAUCAAUGAAGAUCUUCGGCCAAUGCCUCCAGAUCCUGGUCUUUCUGUCUGGCAAAGUGUCAUCGCCAUUAUCAUUGGUAAAAUCAUCAUCGCUGUUGUGGCCAUUGCGAACGGGUGUAAUCAUCUUGAGUCUGGUAUGGUUCGCCGUCCAGUCAUGGACCGGUGGUUUAACCGUGGUCAACUGGUCAGUGUUGCUACACAUAACAUCAACUUCAUCGUUCUAACUGGAGAAUUCAGUCUAUCAGCAAUCUUCCCAUCCUUCGAGUCGCUCGGCAAUGUGUUUCCAGAGAACUCACACCUCACAACCAAGGACUUUAUUGGGUGGAUCAUCUUCAAUGUCCUGCUUAUCCCAAUUCUAUACAUUCGACCCGAGCGUAUCCAGAAAGUUCUCCUGGCGUUCAACAUCAUCUCGUCGGCGACUCUGGUGUCAAUCAUGAUCUGGGCCCUAGCAACUGCGGGUGAAGCAGGAUCAUUGGUACGACAAGGCUCAAAGUCAAUGACAUCUAGCGAGCUUGGAUGGCAAAUCGUCCACGGAAUCACAACCGUUAUCGGGAGUAUUGCCGUGGGCUUGACUAACCAGCCUGACUACUGCCGUUUCGCCCGUCGCCCAGGCGAUCAGAUCUUUGGGCAGUGGUUCAGCAUCAUCUUUUUCGGAGCCAUCUUCCCAACAUUCGGAUGCCUCGCUGCUUCCGCCACGGGGGUCAUCUAUGGCGAGCCGAUCUGGAACCCACCCCUGAUCGUCCAAGCCUGGCUUGAUAACAAUUACAAUGCCAAAAGCCGGGCCGGUGCUUUCUUCGCUGGCCUCGGUCUUUUGUGUAUUCAGCUGAGCAUCAACUCCGUGGAUAAUGCGUUCUCGGCCGGCAUGGACCUUGCUGGCUUAUUCUGUCGCUACAUCAAUAUCCGGCGCGGCGCUUACAUUGGCCUGGUGCUCAGCAUCGCGUUGUGCCCCUGGGAGCUUUUAUCCUCUGCGUCCGUCUUCAUUUCGGUGCUCUCCGCGUACAGUGUUUUUCUCGGACCUGUCAUUGGCAUUCAGAUCUGCGACUACUUCAUCAUCCGCCGGCGCAAGAUCAAGCUGUCGGACCUCUAUCAUCCUAGGUCAGAUGGAUCUUUCUACUACUGGAAAGGCAUCAACCCACGCACCUUCAUCGCCUGGGUGUGUGGUUUCGCGACUCAGCUGCCUGGCUUCGCAGCCAGUGUCACUCCCAACAGCGUCCGUGUGGCCGAUGCUUGGAUCAAUCUUUACUAUCUCGCCUUCCCUCUUGGUUUCGCCAUAUCGUUCUUACUGCACCUCGCUAUCAACACCGUCUGGCCACCUCCAGAGGCUGGUGUAAUUGAUGAAAUGGACUACUAUGGGACAUUUACUGAGGAAGAAGCAAGGAAAAUGGGCGUGGUUACACUUGAGACGGAGAUUAUUGAAGGUUCACCGAAAGCUGUUGAAGCAAGUGGUUUCGACCAGGGUGCACGUGGUUGGCUUAAGUCAAUGCUGAAGUAG